AUGCUGCGCCUCGCGGCCAAGCUAGUGGCCUUCUUCUGGAGGAAGGCGGAUGGGCCGGAGGAGGAGGUCCGGUCGCCGGGGCUCGAGCCCCGGGAAGGUGACACCAAGGUGAAAACCGUGCGCGGCGUGGUGACGAGGUACUGCAGCGACUACGGCAUGAUCGACGACCUGAUAUACUUCUCCAACGAGGCUGUGGCCGGCAAGGCGCUGCUGAACGUGGGGCAGGAAGUCAUUGCCGUUGUGGAGGAAAACCGAGUGUCCGAUGGCCUGAAAGCAGUCAGGGUGGAAGCUGUCUCCAAUAAGUGGGAAGAGGACAGCAAAGCCCGGGGAGGGGGGCUGUCAGACUCCAGCCCCCGCGUGCUGAUCGGCUGCGUGACCUCGCUGACCAAGGGCGCGGGCUACAUCAACCAGACCACGCACUUCUCUCUGCAGAGUGUUUGCGAAGGUUUCGAGCCGUGCAAGGGAGACUGGGUGGAGGCCACCUACUGGAUCCGGCCGGGCACGUGGAGCAGCGAGGCCGUGCUGGUGAAGCCGCUGCGGUACAAGCGUGUGGACAGGGUCUGCAUUUCCAGCCUCUGGGGGAGGAACGGGGUGAUCGACGACAGCAUCUUCUUCACCCUGGACUCCGUGCGGCUCCCGGAGGGGUACGUGCCGCGCAGGCACGACCUGGUCAGCGCCGUGGUGGUGGAGAGCAGCCAGUCCUGCUACCUGUGGCGGGCCCUGUGCGUGACCCCGGUGGCCAGGCGUGCCACCGCCGCUGAGGCCGAGGCCCCAGAAGAGGUCUGCGAGGCCCAGUUACUGAAAGACAAAGGCAACAUCGAAGUGACGAGAGCGACCGACUUCGGCACGGUGAAGGAAGGUGGCAGCAAGAGCAUGGUGCUCUGCAUAGAGAACAAGGGGGACGCUCCCCAGCACCUGGUCAGCUGCAGGCUGGCCGGCUGGGACAGGGCCCGGCAGUUCCGGCUCCACACGCUGUGCAGGACCCAGCGCCGCCCGCCCGCGCCUGCGGGAGCCGACCCCGGGAAGGCGGAGGGCGGCGUCCACCCGGCAGACGGCGGCCAGGACACCCAGGCCCACCGGGCGCCAGAGAGCGGCGUGAGCCACGGCGGCGCCGUGCCCCCAGGGGGCUGUGCCUGCGAAGCCGAGAGCGGGGAGAGAGAGCAGAGCGUCCCCCCGGAGCCGGCGGCCGAGCCAGCGCCCAGCGGGCUCAUCCCCCCCGGGGGGAGGGCCCUGGUUGUGGUCGUCUGCGAGGCCAAGACCGCCGGCCGCUGCAGGGAGCUGCUCCUGCUCUGCUUCUCCGGCUUCCUGAUCGGGCGCGUCCUGGAGGUGAGCGUGGUGAGUGCAGAGGAGGCCCUGAUCGCCACACGCGAGCCGUUCCUGUGGAAGAAGUCCAAAGGUCCCCAGGCGCCGGUGCCCACGCCCAUGAAGUCCACCGUGGUCGUGACCACACAGAAAAGGAACCUGAGACGCCAGCUUCCGAGUUUCCUCCCCCAGUACCCCAUCCCCGACCGGCUGAAGAAGUGCGUGGAGCAGAAAAUCGACAUCCUGACUUUCCAGCCGCUGCUCGCGGAGCGCUUGAACAUGACGAACUACAAGGAGAAGUUCUCGGCUCUGCUGUGGCUCGAGGAGAUUCACGCGGAGAUGGAGCUGAGAGAGUACAACAUGAGCGGGGUCACCCUGAAGAGGAGCGGGGACCUGCUGGUGCUGGAGGUGCCGGGCCUGGCCGAGAGCCGGCCCUCUCUGUACGCAGGCGACAAGCUGGUCUUGAAAACGCAGGAGUACCACGGCCACGUCGUGGAGUAUGUGGGCUACGUGGUGAAGAUUCACGAAGAGGACGUGACCCUCAAGCUGAACCCGGAGUUCGAGCAAGCGUACAACUUCGAGCCCAUGGACGUGGAGUUCACGUACAACAGGACCACGAGCCGCCGGUGCCACUUCGCGCUCGAGCAGGUCGUCCACCUGGGGGUGAAAGGACUCAGCAGUGCCGGCUCCUCACCCAGCUGGCGGGUCCUCAGCCUCCCGCACACAGGGCCGCGGGAGCAGCCGCCGCCCGGCCUGGCAGGGCCGCCAUGCAGGAGCUGGCGGCGGACUCAGAAAAACCUCAGCCAGGCGGCUGGGGGCAGGGCUGACCGCCCGGCGGGGCAGAGCUGCUCGACGGGGACUGACUUCGGGGGAAACCGAGACUCGGCGCUGCCUGUGGGCUCGGCUGGGGCUGCCACAGCGACAGACACUUCCAGUCUGAGCGAGAGUCUGCUGGAGAGAGCCCAGCAGAACAGGAAAGCCAUGACGGACCAGCCAAAGCCCACCGCCAAGCCAGGGCCAGCGGGUGCCCAGGCCACGCUGGGGCCGGCGGCCUUCGCCGCGGGGAUGAGCCGCCUGGGCGGCGAGGCGCGGGCCCCGGAGGCCAGGGAGGAGGAGUUCUUCAACCCGCUGCUCAACGAGAACCAGAGGCUGGCCGUGCGGAGGAUCCUGAGCGGGGACUGCCGCCCCCUGCCCUACAUCCUCUUCGGGCCUCCGGGCACCGGGAAGACGGUGACCAUCAUCGAGGCCGUGCUGCAGGUGUACCACGCCCUGCCGGACAGCCGGAUCCUGGUGUGUGCGCCCUCCAACAGCGCCGCCGACCUCGUGUGUCUGCGGCUGCACGAGAGCCAGCUGCUGCAGCCGGGCACCAUGGUCCGUGUGAACGCCACCUGCCGGCUGGAGGAGACGGUGAUCGAGGCCAUCAAGGCGUACUGCAAGGACGGGGAGGACAUCUGGAAGGCCUCCCGCUUCCGGGUCAUCAUCAGCACCUGCAGCAGCGCCGGGCUCUUCUACCAGAUCGGGGUUCGAGUCGGACACUUCACGCACGUGUUCGUGGACGAGGCCGGACAGGCCAGCGAGCCCGAGUGCCUCAUCCCCCUGGGGCUGGUGUCGGACGUCGGUGGCCAGAUCGUCCUCGCUGGGGACCCCAUGCAGCUCGGGCCCGUCAUCAAGUCCCGGCUGGCCAUGGCCUACGGGCUGAACGUGUCCCUGCUGGAGAGACUGAUGUCCCGGCCGGUGUACCUGAGGGACGAAGACGCCUUCGGUGCCUGCGGCGCCUACAACCCCUUGCUGGUGACGAAGCUGGUGAAGAACUACCGGUCACACGCCGCCCUGCUGGCCCUGCCCUCCCGGCUGUUCUACCACAAGGAGCUGGAGGUCUGCGCGGACCCCGAGGUGGCGGCCUCCCUGCGGGGCUGGGAGAAGCUGCCCAGGAAGGGCUUCCCCCUGGUCUUCCACGGCGUCAGGGGCAGCGAGGCGCGAGAGGGGCGGAGCCCGUCCUGGUUCAACCCGGCCGAGGCCGUCCAGGUGCUGCGCUACUGCUGCCUCCUCGCCAGGAGCCUCUCCGGCCGGGUGUCCGCACAGGACAUCGGCGUGAUCACGCCCUACCGCAAGCAGGUGGAGAAGAUCAAGAUCCUUCUGAGAAACGUGGACCUGACGGACAUCAAGGUCGGGUCGGUGGAGGAGUUCCAGGGACAGGAGCACUUGGUCAUCAUCAUCUCCACCGUACGAUCGAAUGAAGAUGAAUUUGAAGACGACAGAUAUUUUCUGGGUUUCCUGUCCAACUCCAAGAGAUUCAAUGUUGCCGUCACCCGACCCAAAGCCCUGCUGAUCGUGCUGGGAAACCCUUACGUUCUAGUCAGAGACCCCUGCUUCGGCGCGCUGCUGGAGUACAGCAUCACGAACGGCGUGUACACGGGCUGCGACCUGCCGCCCGAGCUGCGGUCCCUGCAGAAGUGA